UUUUUGUCUCAGAUUUACUUACAAGGCCAUUUUCAGAACAUCUGGACAUUGUUAGGAACGGUCAACCAGUUUGAAAUAGUUUUUAGGCUUUUUCAAGAACCAUUUUUUUGUAUUCUCGUCUGUAGAAUUUGCAUUAAAACACCUUUUACCUUUAUUUCAAAUCUCCAGAACAACCGUAAUCCCCGGGGUUUAAAGAACUCGAAAGGAACUAUAAAAAUGCACGGAAAUCCAGUAGUAAUUUUGCAUAUUCUGCAGUAAAAUGCUUCUGCUAGAGAUGAUGUAUGUGGGUGGUGCAGCUGUGGCUGCAGUGAAAGGAGACUAGUUGAAUUGUGUUCAUUGGCAUUCUUGCUUUAGUAACGGUGUUCGUUCUCGCUGUAUGAGAUACCUGUCUGAGAUGCGGCACUCUGUUAUAGUGUGUUCCUCUGUAAUAUUGAUGUUGUGUCAUAAUGAUUGUAUUAAGAGGUGCAUUGAUUCAGGUAUGGACACCACUGAAGGCCUUGGUGUGAAACGCAAAGCCCACCACUGAAAAGGUAGAUUUUGCCUUAUCAAUAUAAAGUCUUGCCUUUCAAUACAACAGUAAAUGCAUGCUUAGUAUUGCAUGUUAUAAAUAUAUCACUACUAUGCCAUUGUGUCUUUUAAUAAGCUCAUCUCUGAUUCAAGAAUCACACUGAAUCAAUUAGGCUGAGCCGGCUCUGCUCGGCCCCUUUACGGACUGUUCCACUUCAGUAAUAGGGGGAGGGUGUUAUUUCCGGCAACGCGACUCCUGUUUUGUCGUCUGUUUCCUGCGUGUAACCCGAACGAUCGAGGGUAGUCGUGCGUUCUGCUUGAUUUGCGUCAAGUUUAUGGAGUCCAGUUUUUUUUUCUCCCACACGUGUUAAAUAGUAUGAGCCUCGUUACCUCCCCUGUUUUGGAGCGUCUCAAGUUGUGAGGUCGAAUCCGUAUCUCGGGUUUGAUUGAGCAGCCUGUGGCAGGACGCAGAGCGAAGGAGAAGAAGAACAGGAGAAGGAGUGAAGGGGAGAAAUCCCCCUGUGUGUGAUGCGAUCCGAUGUUUCGGACCGAUCUGACGGGAUUUGAAGUCGAUUUGGGUUGGUUUUAAUGUACCAGGAUUUGGAACGCCGGGCGGAAGGUGGAUUUUGGCUGUAGCCAGUGUCCGUGUGUUUAAUCCUCCCCCCAUGUGGUUGUCAUUCAAAAGGAAACAGUGUUAGCAUGGAGAUAAUCUGCUAGCACGCUUGCCUGGUGGAUUUCUUGUGCUUUCUUUUGUUGUUGUUUUUUUAUAGACAUAAACGAUUCCGAUCGCCGUCUUUUUUUUUUUUGCACGGAUUCACGACGCCGGAAGUCGUGCAAGCGGCCGCGUGCUACGCGCAGCGAACUAUGCGUCAGUCGUGCGCGACAGCCCGAGUCGUGUGCGAGAGUGCCUUGUGGAUUUAACCCGGGUUAUUUCAGGCCCAGGAGUGAACCUGGCCUGGGUCAACUGGAUAAAACCCAAACUAUUUGAAAACCAGCUCACCCGGCGGAUUUUCGGGGCGACCCCGCCGGCGUCAUCCUGCGGUUCAUAUUUCAUUGUCUUUUGCGCAUGCUCAGAUAGGUCUUCAAAUGGAUCUGAAUUUUUACUCGGAUCUGACCGAUGGCACCGGACAGCCGGGGGAUCCCGAGUUCCUGGACGCACAAGCCUUUAACGGAUUCGAUACUGUUCAAAAGUUUCCCGGAGGAAGCGACAACUUUUUGCCCAUCAGUGGAGAGGGCCACCCUUUCCUGUCCUCCUCCGAGGUACCUCUCCACUCCACAUACUCCCUUCGAAUCCAGGAUGCCGAGACUUUCCACACACCAAAUUUGGGUGAUGAAGAGUUUGAGAUCCCUCCCAUCUCCCUGGACCCCGACUCGGCUCUCAGCGUUUCAGAUGUGGUGUCACACUUCGGAGAGCUGGAGAGGGGUUCAGCCCCUGUCGUCCCCAGCAACGCUGUGGUGCAGGGUGACGACCCUUCCUUCGCCUCAACUUUUGUUAACCCAACAACACAAGGGCUUGAGCAUUUGAGCCUGAUGACCCAGCAGGGAGGUGGACCAAUGUUGGGAUCAACUCUGGGAAUGGAUCUUGGACAUCCAAUUGGCUCGCAGUUCAGCAGCUCCUCCCCCAUGACCAUUGACGUGCCACUACAAGACAUGAAUCAUGCCCUGCUGGGGCACAAUCCACUGACCACCAUUGACCAGUCAGAGCUUAGUGCCCAGCUGGGUCUUAGUCUAGGGGCCGGGACCAUUCUGACCCGCACACACUCACCUGACCAGCCACUUUCAGCCACAGGCUCACCUUCAGAGUCCCUACAGGACGACGACAUGGACGACUUCCGAAGGAGCGUACUGGUGGAGUCCCCUCUCUCUGUCUCUCCCGGUGUUAUCUCUCUCUCCCCUGCUCUCUCAGAACAACCUGCCAUGUCUAUGUCUUCUGUUCCACCCACCUUGGCACGUAAAGGUGUAGGUGUUGGAGGAGGGGCCAAAAAAGGCAAGAAGAAAAAAGACCCCAAUGAGCCCCAGAAGCCAGUUUCAGCUUAUGCGUUGUUCUUCCGUGAUACACAGGCAGCUAUCAAGGGCCAGAACCCCAACGCCACGUUUGGAGAGGUGUCCAAGAUUGUCGCUUCCAUGUGGGACAGUCUCGGGGAGGAGCAGAAGCAGGUCUAUAAGAGGAAGACUGAAGCUGCAAAGAAGGAAUAUCUUAAAGCCCUGGCAGCGUACAGAGCCAGUCAGCUAUCACAGCCCACUAUUGAAGUGCUGGACACUGCGCCUUCUCCACCCUCCCCUCCUGUUGUGGCUCCCAUUGUGACUCCUGCCUCUGAGGCGCCGCCCCCUCAGCCCACACCCACACGCUCAAACCGCAUCCCAGUGCAUGCACCCGACAACAACACUAUCACCAACAUUUGCACGUCGAACAUCAUCAUCGACCUGCCGCAGGUGACUACGCGGUCACGCACGGGCGCCCACAAGCCGCCUGCUCCUUCAGCUCCGCCCACCACGCCGACCCCGGCUCUGCCCAUAGUCACCAAGAUCAUCAUCCCCAAGCAGCCUUCAGCCCGCCUGCCGCCGCCCCUGCAGCAGAUGCAAAACACACCGCCGCCCCCACGCCUCCAGCAGAUGGUGCAUUCUGUUGCCCCGCCGCCACUUCAGGCCAAACCUCGUGGAGGGGGUGCGGUCGGCCAGGCCGCCGCCCCCUUUGCCUCCACACCUCCUCCUCCUCUGCAAAUCAAGAUAGUUCCCGCCCCUGCCCAGGCAGAUGUGGCCACACCCAUUAUUGUACAUAGUGCCACAGAUGCAUCAGCAGAUGGCGCCACCAUGGAAGUGGACGUGGCACAGCCUGCUAAUAUAAUUAGCACCGAGUCAGAGGAAGGGAUGGAGGUAGAGCUGAACAGCUCUCCAGCACAUGAGUUGACUCCCUCUUCAGGUCAUGCUGUGUGUUCUCGUGCUGGUUGCAACAACCCACCAGUCGAGAGCAAAGACUGGGACAGAGAAUACUGUAGCAACGAGUGUGUGGCCACGCAUUGCAGGGACGUGUUCAUGGCCUGGUGUGCAAUCAGAGGACAGAACUUCACCACGGUCACUUAAAACCCAGCUACAGAUCAUCCAGCGAGGCAGGGAUGAAGGCAGAGAGAGAGAGAGAGAGAAUGUGGAGUGUGUAUUUAUAGAUUUUGAGAGGAAUAUUUUUGAAUCGGUUGUUGCUUAUCAGUACUUCCAUCUCAAGCCAACAGUGAGGGUGAUGAUUUUAAAGAGAUGAGUUCACCAGUCAGCAGCAGUACACCUACCUGUAUGUGUACAGUGUAGUUAUUAACUGUACGACAGGCAACACGGUCAAUUCAUUGAAGUACAAAUGUGAUGUGAUAUUGGUUUGGAAUUUAUGGAGAAAAUUUCAUUAAAUGUACCAGUUUUAGGGGGGGAAACCUUGAAAGAUAGAAAAUGCUGAUUGGAAUGUAGAAUUUUUUGUGGGAAAAAAGUUUGGAAGAAAAUAAUGUGACCUAAGUAACUUUGCCAGUUAUUAGUUCAGUCUCCAUCCAAAAUUUUUACACCCCAAAGAAUUCCCCUCAACCAGUCAAAUUCUUUGUGGAGUGGAAAAAGUGUUAAACAUUUUGAGGAAAGAAAAGUAUACAAUUCAAUACAAAAUGGCUCAUCAAAAAGGCACUACGGUUUUUUUUUUGUUUGUUUGUUUUGUUUAUCUUAUAAUUUGUUAAAUAUGAUAAAAGCUGGAAUUGUAAAAGGACAAUUUUCAAGUUUAAUUAAUUGUAGUGCUCCCAAAAUGUGCAGUUUUAUUUCCAAUUGGGCAAAAUGGAAAAUCUGAAGGACUAGCUCUGUUACGUACAACUGUAAUUAAAGAUUUCCAAACUCGAAUCAUAGUGAGUACACAAAAGACUCUGAUUUGAUGCUCUAGUGAAAACAUUGGCAUGGGUAAGAUACACUAUUUUGAACAAUGAGACACUAGAAGUAUUUUAAUUAUGAUCAUCUCCUGCCACAUGAAAAAGAUCAGUGUUUUAUUUUCCAGAAUGGAGUUGGUUCUUUAUUUCACAACCAGUAGGAGAGAGGUUUGUUGGAGACAAAUUGCAGAAUUUCUAUUUUAUAUUCUGUUGCGAAAUGUUUUUGUUUUUGUUUUUUUAACUAUCUUGCAAUCAGUGAAGUAGACAUUUUCAUGCAAAAUAAACAUCAUGCACGAG